AUUAUGCACUUGCUUCACCGUGCCUUUUCUUCAAUUAACAAAUGUUCAAUUAUUACAACAACAAUUAUAUUAAUAUUAAUAGGGGCUAUUUUUGUAGUUUUUGCUUUCGUAGUAAAAUCACCGCCUGGAAGAGUUUUUCUAGAAGAAAAUUUUCAAAAUUCACCAAUUUCAUAUGCCUAUACCCAAUUAGACGAAAAUAUAGAAGGAAAAGGACAACAAAAAAUAGAAAAUCAUAAACACAGAAAUAAUACCCACAGAAAUCAUGUCAAACCGUCUUUCCUUCGGAAAAGCCAUCCGAUAGAAUUAACAAUAGAUUCUGGCUCUAUACGUGGGGAAUAUUUGACUAUUGGAGCUAAUGAAUUUGCUGUGUUUAAAGGCAUCCCCUAUGCCGCCCCUCCAGUAGGCUCUCUUCGCUUCCAACUCCCCGAACUUCCAGCCAAAUGGAGAGGGGUAAUGAAUGCUUCACAAUAUGCCCCGAUGUGUGCUCAACGCCAUAGAGACAGAGCUAUAGACCCUUUAAAUUUGUAUAAAAUUCAUAUUUCUGAAGAUUGCCUUUAUUUAAAUGUUUUUGCGCCUCCUCAAUUUACCAAUGAUUCCUAUCCAACUAUUGUAUUUUUACAUGGUGGUCGGUUUCAGUAUGGGUCUAGUGCCGACUACCCUCAACACGCAAUUCUAAACAAUUUUGUUUCUCGAAAAGUAGUCUUUGUUUCAUUAAACUUUCGUCUUGGCCCCAUGGGAUUUCUCUCUACAGGCGAUUCUGUUCUUCCAGGCAAUUUGGGUCUGUGGGAUAUUUUGUUGGCUUUGAAAUGGGUACAAAUAAAUGCUCACGUAUUUGGAGGAGACCCUAAUAACGUUUUAUUGAUGGGACACGGCUCAGGCGCUUCGGCUGCUUCCCUUUUGGCACUAUCACCCAAAGCUGAGGGUCUUUUCCAUAAAAUUAUGUUAAUGAGUGGAACAGCUAUAACCCCCGGGACCGUCCGCGACACAGCAAUUAACGCUACAUGGGCGUUAGAUGCCCGUCUGCAUUGUCGAUCGUUUAAUUCUUCUGAAUUACUGGAAUGUUUUAAGAAACAAUUGAGAGAUGAAAUACUUGAUUUUGAGCCUGACCCAGACCCAGACUACGAUUUAUUUGUCCCUAUUAUUGAUGGAGAACAAGGGAUAAUACCUGAUGACCCAGAAUCAUUAGCACUUUCACGGAGAAAAAUGCCUAUAAUGCUUGGAACGACGAGGGAUGAGAGCGCCCUGCAAAUAUUAUUGCUAAAAGAAAAACCGGUAAAUCUGAGUGAGGGUCUACUAAUCAGUGAAGCAGAACAAUUAGUAACCAACCUUACAAGCUCAUAUACUGGCUUCACAAAUAAACAAUUAAUUGGAGAAGCAACAAAACACGAAUAUAUUUGGAGUAAAAUGUUCUCCCACUUUUGGUACGAUGCUCCAACAUCAAGACUGGCAACUUAUUAUGCCCGCCAAGCAAUGCCCGUCUUUCUCUAUUCGUUUGAUCAUGUUAGCGAGAACUUUGAAACAAACUGUGAGUUGAGUUUUCAGGGAAAUGUACUUAUUCUUAUUCCGGAAAAAUAA